GCGGCCAGUAGACGUCCAGCCGCGAGAGGCGGAGGAGAUUGAACGGGAACAACAAACAGGGACAACACAAGCAGUGACAUGUUUCGCGUGUGCGGCGUGCUGCGGUCGGCGGGGACCACGCCGAUGACGACCCUCGGCGGCAUCCUGGGCAGCAAGGGCGGCCUAUGCGUCGCCAGGACGGCCAGCUCCGCCGCCAGCAAGAUGUUCCCCAAGGAGGAGUUCCAGUCCAGACACAUCGGGCCCCGGGACUUCGAGCAGAGGGAGAUGCUGGACUUCCUCGGCUACAAGUCAUUGGACGAGCUGACCGACAAGGCGGUGCCCGCCAACAUACAGUACAAGAAGAAGCUGGACAUCUCCGAGCCUCUGAGCGAGUAUGAUCUCAUCACACGCAUCCGCGAGGUGUCCGAGAAGAACGAGAUAUGGCGCUCGUACAUCGGCAUGGGGUACUACAACUGCUGCGUGCCGCACCCCAUCAUGAGGAACAUCUUCGAGAACCCCGGCUGGACGACCCAGUACACGCCGUACCAGCCCGAAAUCGCGCAGGGCCGCCUGGAGAGCCUGCUCAACUUCCAGACCAUGGUGUCGGACCUGACCGGCAUGGAGGUGGCCAACGCGUCCCUCCUGGACGAGGGGACUGCCGCCGCCGAGGCCCUCAGCUUGUGCUUCAGGCAGAACAAGCGGCGCCGGCUGGUGCUGUCGGACCAGCUGCACCCCCAGACCGUGUCCGUGGUGCAGACGCGCGCCGACUCGCUGGGGCUGGCCGUGGACGUGGUGGACAUCAACGAGGCCGACUUCUCGAACCGCGACGUGGCGGGCGUGCUGAUCCAGUACCCGGACACCAACGGCAGCGUGCACGACUUCACGGCCGUCGUGGACCAGGCGCACGAGAACGGAACGCUGGUGGUGAUGGCCACGGACUUGAUGGCGCUGACGCUGCUGCGGCCGCCGUCCGACAUGGGGGCGGACAUCGCCGUGGGGUCGGCGCAGCGCCUGGGCGUGCCGCUGGGCUACGGCGGGCCGCACGCGGGCUUCUUCGCGUGCCGCCAGUCGCUGGUGCGCCUCAUGCCCGGCCGCAUGAUCGGCGUGACGAGGGACGCGAGCGGCGGCGACGCGUACCGCCUGGCGCUGCAGACGCGCGAGCAGCACAUCCGCAGGGACAAGGCCACGUCCAACAUCUGCACGGCGCAGGCCCUGCUCGCCAACAUGGCCGCCAUGUACGCCGUGUACCACGGGCCGCAGGGCCUCCGCGACAUCGCCCUCAAGAUCCACAACAUGACCCUGGUGCUGGCGGACGGCCUCCACGCCGGCGGCAGCGAGGUGCUCAACCCGCUCUUCUUCGACACCAUCAAGGUGCGGCCCAAGCUGAGCCAGGCCGACGUGGUGAGCCGCGCCGCCGAGAAGCGCAUCAACCUGCGCGUCUUCGAGGACGGCUGCCUCGGCGUGUCGCUCGACGAGACCGUCAAGCUGACCGACGUGCAGGACCUGCUCGCCGUCUUCGGCAGCGAGGAGACUGUGGACAGCCUGCUGUCCCAGCCCGGCGCGGGCACGGCGGGGAGCAUCAAGGAGUCCGCCUUCCGCCGCACGUCGCCGUACCUCACGCACGCCGUCUUCAACUCGCACCACUCCGAGGCCAGGCUGGUGCGCUACAUGAAGACGCUGGAGAACAAGGACGUGUCGCUGGUGCACUCCAUGAUCCCCCUCGGCUCGUGCACCAUGAAGCUGAACGGCACCACCGAGAUGAUGCCCUGCAGCUUCCGCCACUUCACCGAGAUCCACCCGUUCGCGCCGCAGUCACAGACGCGCGGAUACCAGCAGAUGUUCGCCGAGCUGGAGCACGACCUGUGCGCCGUCACGGGCUACGACCGCAUCUCGUUCCAGCCCAACAGCGGCGCCCAGGGUGAGUACGCGGGCCUGCGCGCCAUCCAGAGCUACCACGAGAACCGCGGCGAGCAGAACCGCAACAUCUGCCUGAUCCCAGUGUCGGCGCACGGCACCAACCCCGCGUCCGCGCAGAUGGCAGGCAUGCAGGUGGAGCCCAUCAACGUCUCCAAGGACGGCCUCAUCGACAUGGCGCACCUCAAGGCCAAGGUGGAUGAGUUCAAAAAGGACCUGUCGUGCCUGAUGAUCACGUACCCCUCCACCAACGGCGUCUUCGAGGAGACCGUCGCCGACGUGUGCCACCUGGUGCACGAGCACGGCGGCCAGGUGUACCUGGACGGCGCCAACAUGAACGCCCAGGUGGGGCUGUGCAGGCCGGGCGACUACGGCUCCGACGUGUCCCACCUCAACCUGCACAAGACCUUCUGCAUCCCUCACGGCGGCGGCGGCCCCGGCAUGGGGCCCAUCGGAGUGAAGGCGCACCUGGCUCCUUUCCUCCCCGGACACCCCGUGGUCAACAUGGGCGGGGACGAGCGAUCCUUCGGGGUCGUCAGCGCCGCGCCGUACGGCUCCUCAGCCAUCCUGCCCAUCUCCUGGGCCUACAUCAAGAUGAUGGGGCCCCAAGGCUUGAGAAAAGCUACUCAAGUGGCAAUAUUAAACGCUAACUAUAUGAGUAAGAAACUAGAAGGACAUUAUCCAACAUUAUUCCGAGGUUCAACUGGUCUUUGCGCCCACGAGUUUAUCAUUGAUGUUCGAGAACUGAAGAAAACCGCCAAAAUUGAGGCAGUGGAUAUUGCUAAGCGACUUAUGGAUUAUGGUUUCCAUGCUCCAACUAUGUCUUGGCCCGUAGCAGGUACUCUUAUGAUCGAACCAACAGAAUCAGAAGACAAGCUUGAACUUGACAGAUUCUGUGAAGCUUUAAUAUCCAUUAGACAAGAGAUUCGAGAAAUUGAGGAAGGCCGAAUGGACACUCGAGUGAAUCCCCUGAAAAUGGCACCUCAUACUCAGCAGCAAGUUAUAAGCAGCGAGUGGGAUAGACCGUACCCAAGGGAACAAGCAGCUUUCCCAGCGCCAUUUGUUCGGGCUGAAAACAAGAUCUGGCCUAGCGUCGGCAGAAUUGAUGACCUGUAUGGUGACAAGCAUCUAGUUUGCACAUGUCCUCCAAUUUUGCCAGAGUUCAACGCAUAAUCUUUUUCUUUUUGUGAUUUUUUUUUCUUUGAGUACCUGAAAAGCUGUUUGUCUUCACUAGAUCUGCCUAGUAGCCUCUAUCAUGGAACUUUCAAUUUUCUACAAACCUCUUAUAUCUUUAGGACAUGCUUUAAAGACUGAGACUGAGAGUGACUUCAUUGUACAUAGUAAGAAUUCAGUAUGAGCUACGAAAUUGGUCACUGUUGCUGACAACGUGUUUAGUUUUAAAAAUUACUUCAGCAUCUCGCGUAUGAUUAGAAUCAUACUCCUAGUGGAUAGGAGCUGCAUUUUAAUUGCAGAAUAUUGAAAUUUUAUUUUAAAUCCAAAGUCUUUUGAUAUAGUUUGGUAGUGUAUUUAACUUUUAAGGCAUUUGUCCAGUUUGUUCUUGUUCACAUUUUCAUACUUCGUAUUUAUAUUUGUUUCUUUAUUUAUGUAUGUAUGUCUUUAUCAACUUCAUUAAAGGUGGUAACUGAGCACAACUUUUCAA